AUGGUUGCCGUCUCCCGCAUCGCCGUGGCGGCCUCGCUCGUCUUGUCCGGCGUCGUCGCUCAUCCCGGCGAGGAGCAUGACCCGCAGCUUCACAAGCGCGAGAUGGCUCUGCGCCGCUCCGUUGCCGCCAACAACCGCCGGGCUCUCGACGCGUGUGCCGGCUCUGCCGCCGAUGUCGCCCUCAAGCAGCGCGCCAUCAAGCGUCGCGAUGCCAAGCUGAAGGAGCUCCGCGAGAAGCGAUCCAUCUCGAUCAAUGCCCCCAUCCGCCGCCGCACCGAGGAUGACCUGAACACCUGGGCGGCCGUCGACCACGCUUCUGCGGCGGGCUACACGCUCGAUACCGACCCGGCUACCCUCUUCGCUCAGAACGCCAGCUGCGUCGUCGUUCCCGAGACCACCAUCGGUCCCUACUGGGUCGCCGGCGAGCUGAUCCGCAGCGAGAUGACCGAUGGUCAGUCGGGCGUGCCCCUCCAUCUCGACGUCCAGUUCGUCGACGUCGCCACCUGCGCCGGCGUGCCCGAGAUCCUGAUCGAUGCGUGGCACUGCAACGCGACCGGCGUCUACUCCGGCGUGUCGGCCACCGGCCAGGGCGGCUUGAACUCCACCUUCGGCCGCGGCGUCCAGCAGACCGACGACGAUGGCGUGGUCCAGUUCGACACCAUGUUCCCGGGCCACUACACCGGCCGCGCCACCCACAUCCACGUCAAGAGCACGUCCGGCGCGACCGUUCUCGAUAACGACACCUACGUCGACGGCACGACCAACCACGUCGGCCAGCUCUUCUUCGAUCAAACCCUCAUCUCCGAGGUCGAGGCCGUCAGUCCCUACAACACCAACCAGCAGGAGUUGACGCUCAAUUCCGGCGAUAGCAUCGCUUUCGACGAGGCCACGGCGGACUACGACCCCUUCGUCCAGUACGUGCUCCUCGGCGACGACAUCUCCCAGGGCGUGCUUGCCUGGAUCACCGUCGGCAUCAACACCACGGCCGACUACUCCAGCUCCGCCAGCGCCGCCGCGCACUACUACGCCGGCGGCGGCGUCGACACCUCCUCUGGGAACUCUGGCGGCGGCCCCGGCGGUGCUGGAGGUCCUCCCAACGGCACUUUCCCCAGUGGUGCCGGGCCCAGCGGAGCUCCUCCCGCCAGUUCCGCCUCCUCGGCCGCCAUCUCCGCCACCCCUUCCACGUCUGCGGGCUCCAAAGUCGGCUGCAAGCGCAAGGCUAAGCGUCACUAG